UGUUUCCCAAAUAAAUGUUCUCAAUGAAAAAGUUUUUAUUCUGAUAAUUAGCAAAUUAGGCAGAACUUUCAAAGUUCAAGCUCACGUUAAAUUAGUAGAGCAUUGGUUCUGGUGGGUUCUACCGAUCAGGAUCUGUUUCAAUUCAGAAUAUAGGCAUCGUUUCCGUAUGAGGAUCAUUUAGUUUUUAUAAUUGAAUGUGUUUUGUUUCCUAUUAAAUUUGUUUUCCUGAAUAAAUUAUUCUUAAGAAGCAGUCAUUUUUUUGAUGUCUAUCGAUCGCCGUAUCUUCCCUAUUAAUGAGCACAAUCUGCUCAAUUUUCCCACCCAGCAGUUGUUAUGACCUUUCCCGGCUAGAACGCUCCUUUCUCUGCUGUAACGAUUUGCUUGGUUGUCUGCUCACGGUCAUCUAUCUCAUUCAUCGCAUUUUGCACUCGACAUGUCUGCCGUCCCUUUCCCGCUCCUACGUCUCCCGAACUCUGCUCUUCAAAAAUCUCUGAAAGAAAUGCGACUAGUGGAGCAAUUGUCUCUAUCACUUCUGUCGGAAAACACGAUGCAGCUCGUGAGAAGGUUUAACAGAGGCCGAUAUUUUGCUACGAUAACCGUUGUGGAUUCGAUUUGCGUGCAUCUAUGGACCGCACGGUGUGGUCAGCUGUUUUUCAAAAUUAAACCCGACCAAUCAAUCAGAGCUGUAAAUAUUUUAAAGUCUGAUUCCAUCGCAACUAAAUUUACAAUGCCGAAAAUACCAGGAUUCACUGUGAAAAAAUGGCUUGAACACAUUUCCCAUGUGUUCUUCUCCGACACCGGUGCAACGCUGAGAUGGAUGAGUUCAGUGAGAAAUAUUGAAGAAACUUGUGAGAUUCUGAAAGAAGUCAAAAUUGCCAGACUCGCAAUUAAUCCAUCUACCGUUCAAGAUUGUCAGAUGCGUAGACUAUUACCCGCCAUAAAAGAAUUGAUUGUUUCCGAUUCUACUGUUCAUGGAUCAAUAGUUCACUGGAACCUCGAGAAGCUGAGCGUGUUUUCGACAACAAUGACACUCGACGAUUUAUUACUGUCAAAUUGUUCCGAUAUUGCAAUAGGCCGCAACAGCCUUUCCCACAAAAAUCGGAACAUAUUCAUGAGACAAUGGAUCAACGGAUCGAACCCCCGUCUUCAAUACUUCGCCAUGCUUAUGGGUUUCAAUGGAGUACAACAACUAGAAAACACUUUAUUUGAAAACAUCAAGUAUACUGAAACCACUGUGCAAGGAGCUUCGACCUAUAAGGAAUUUGAAAUUGAAGGGCGCGAUGGGAGAACAGCAAAAAUCAAGUUAAAUACAGAACUAACUUCGCGUUAUUUUGCUAUGAAUGUCAUUUUCUGAUUUGUCUGUAACUUUUUUUACAAUGCAUAAUGUUUUUCUCUCAGUAAAGGCUAUCCUUCUAU